AUGAGCCAGCUCUCAGACCUCGAGCUCGUAGCGCAAGCCAUGUCCGGCUCAGAGCAGCCCCCAGCCUCCAAUGGCACAGCUCAAGCAACAAACGGCGCCCAAGCCGGUAUAGAACUUUCCUCACUGCCAAACGUGGACCCCUCCUCUCUCCUCCCCGCCGACCUCGCAUCUCUCCAUCCCCUCCUUGCAUCCCUAUCUCUCUCCCCAGAAGAUCUCGACAAUCUUGACGAGGGAGAGAUCGGUGCUAUUUUGGGACAGCUGGAAGCGGCGGAUGGGGUGGCGGAUGAUUUGGAAGGAAAGCUGGAUAGGCUGUUGGAGAUGCUCGGCGGUGUUGAGGAGGAGAUUGUGGAGGGGAAGGCUGAACUGCAAGAAGGAGAGUCGUUACCGAAGACUGAGGGCGAGGAGAAAGGGGCGGCAACCGAGACAAAGAUCGAAGGAAAAAAGCAAGACUGA